ACUUCCCUGCUGUGAACUGGGUCAUUCAGGUUGACUGUCCAGAAGAUGCAAAUACAUAUAUUCACAGAGUUGGGAGAACAGCCAGGUACAAAGAAGGUGGUGAAGCUCUCCUCGUUUUGCUUCCUUCAGAGGAAAAUGGCAUGAUUCAGCAGCUGUCACAGAAGAAAGUUCCUGUCAGCAAUAUCAAAAUCAAUCCUGAGAAACUUUUAGAUGUCCAGAAGAAACUGCAGUCCUUAUUGGCUCAGGAUCAAGAUUUGAAAGAACGUGCACAACGGUGUUUUGUUUCUUACCUGCGAUCCGUCUACCUAAUGAAGAACAAAGAAGUAUUUGAUGUAUUAAAGUUACCCAUUGCUGAAUAUGCCCUCUCUCUUGGGCUUGCAGUGGCCCCUCGUGUACGAUUUCUCCAGAAAGUCCAGAAGAAACUGCAUACAAUGGAGCCUGAAAAAGAGGGGACGGAGCAGGCUGAGGACACACAGUUUUCUUUAAGUGACGAGGACUUAGAGAAAUGCAGGAGAAUUUUCUCUAGAGCAGGCAUGUUGGAACAAAAAGAGACAGAGGGCCUCUCUGGGCAAAACAGCCCCGUUGAAGAAGCAUUGCAGAGUCUUUCUGAGCCAGAAGAGCCUGCAACAGUCCAUGAAUCAAAGCCUGAAAGUCUAAAAUUUUUCGAAGAUGAUGAUGAUGAUGGAGAUGAUGAUGAUGAUGAUGCCUCCAAGGACGUGCUGAUUGUAAAACGGCGAAAUGUAUUUGGCUUAGAACCAGAAGAGAAAGCACCAUUGGUAACCCAGAAUGUAAAACCAAAGAAGAAAAUAACCAAAACAAAAGAAGCUAAAAAGGUUUUGAAGAGAAAUUUUAAAGUAAAUACAAAAAUUGUAUUUACCGAUGACGGAGAGUUAAUUCAGCAGUGGCCACCAGCACAAAAGUCUAUCCUGGACAAAGAGGAAGAUGGCGAUGAUUGCAAUGGGAUCAAUCUAGACAAAGCAAAAGAAAGACUUCAGGAAGAGGAUAAAUUUGACAAAGAGGAAUACAGGAAGAAAAUUAAAGAAAAACACAGG